GUGAAUGUCAUAACCUGUGUCUCAGGCCAGAAUUUAAAAUACCUCACAGAAGAAACAAAGUCUACAAAGCAAUUGAACUACCAUCCAGUUGGAAUUACUGUUCAACUCACAUUGCUGCUGAAUUCCAAAAACAGCCUAAUUAAGCCAGUAUUUACAAAGUUACUGCCAUGCUUAAUGCCAUUUGGUUCCUUACCAUCCUCACUUCUGGAUUCCUGCUAUUUAAUGGCAGCACCUGCUGGACAUACCACUCUUCAGACAUAACUAUGCCUUACUCAGAAGCAGAGAAAUGGUGUAAAGCACACUACACUCAUCUGGUUGCCAUUCAGAAUAAAGAGGAAAUUGUAUAUUUGAAUGCUGCAUUUCCUUACAAAGCAGAAUAUUACUGGAUUGGGAUUAGGAAAUUUGGCAAUGAAUGGAGAUGGGUUGGAACAAAUAAAGCACUGAAUGAAGAAACUGAAAAUUGGGCUAAAGGUGAACCGAACAACCAAAAAACCAAUGAAGACUGUGUAGAAAUCUAUAUAAGACGAGAUCAUGAUGCAGGAAAGUGGAAUGAUGAACCGUGCAAUAAAAGAAAAACAGCUUUGUGCUAUUCAGUUUCCUGUAAACCCAAUUCCUGCAGCGGCCAUGGUGAAUGUAUAGAGACUAUAAAUAAUUACACCUGCCACUGUGAUAGAGGAUUCUAUGGGCAUGACUGCGAACAUGUAGUUACUUGUAAUAGACCGAAAGAACCUGAACAUGGUACCUUAGAGUGCAGCCAUCCAGUGAAAGACUUCAGCUAUAACUCCUCUUGCCGAGCUCAGUGCAAGAAAGGUUACAAGUUAACUGGGCUGGAAUCAGUAUCAUGCACCCAUGCUGGAAAUUGGUCUGCACCCACUCCGGCGUGUAAAGUUGAGGAAUGUCGGAUACUGCAAAAUAUUACUAACGGAUCCAUCUCCUGCUCCCACCCUUCUGGGAAUUUUGCCUGGAAUUCAUCUUGCAACUUUUCUUGCAAUGAGGGUUUCCUUUUGAAGGGUUCCAGUAGGCUCCAGUGUGGUGCAUCUGGAGAGUGGGAUGAGCAGGAGCCGAAAUGUGAAGUGGCAAAAUGUGAGAUGGUACCUCAGCCAGAAAGAGGCUUUGUGAAUUGUUCCCAUGCAGACACAGAACUGACUUACAGAUCAACCUGUGAUUUUGGAUGUAUGGAAGGCUAUACCUUGAGAGGAUCACAACAAAUUCAGUGCUCAUCAAAAGGAAACUGGUCAGGCCCAAUUCCUAUAUGUGAAAUUGUGAAGUGUAGUGAACUGAAGCCUCCAACUCAUGGGAACUUGGAGUGUUCUCACCCUGCUGGAAAUUUUGCCUGGAAUUCUUCCUGCAAGUUUGCUUGUAAAGAGGGCUUUGUCCUGAAAGGGUUUGCUGAACUUCAGUGUGAUGCUUCUGGAGGGUGGAAUGGACAUCAGCCAGAAUGUGAAGCAGUGAAAUGUGAAGCAGUGUAUCGCCCUGAAAAUGGCUUUGUGAAUUGCUCCUACCUUGAUAUGGAUCCCAUAUAUAAUGCUGUCUGUGAAUUUACUUGUAUGGAGGGCUACUCCUUAACAGGAUCGUCUCAAAUUCAAUGCUUAUCAAACGGCAAAUGGUCAGAACCGUUUCCUAUUUGUGAAGCAAUGAAAUGUGAAGCAGUAGCUCAUCCUGAAAGGGGGUUUGUGAACUGCUCCUACCUUCAUGCAGAUGCAACCUAUAAUUCUGUCUGUGAGUUUACUUGUAUGGAAGGCUACACUUUAAGAGGAUCAUCCAAGAUUCAGUGCUUAUCAACAGGCCAGUGGUCAGAACCAACUCCUGUCUGUGAAGCAACACUAUGUGAGAUACUGCAUCCUCCCAAGAACGGCUUCUUGAAUUGUUCGUAUCCAGAUAGACAUUUUGGCUAUAAAACAGUCUGUGAAGUCAGCUGUGCAGAAGGAUGGAAACUGAAUGGGUCCCACUUACUUCAAUGUCUAGCUUCAGGAACCUGGACAGCAGGCCUUCCCACCUGUGAAGGUCCUCAGGCUUUUGUGCAGUAUUUGACAAUUGGAACAGCAGCCACUGCGACCACUUUUCUAUCAGUAGGAUCAUUCCUUAUUUGGCUAACAAAGCAUCUUCGAAGAAAAGCAAAGAAAUUUACACCUGCCAGCAGUUACCACAGCCUCUUUAAUCAAAAUUAUCCUCACCUGAUUUAAACAAGUCUUCAAGCUUUCUUCACUAAUACCUGGAAUAGCAGGGGAAAGAGGGGAAAGAGUGACCCAGUUACCAGAAGUGGUUAUGUUUUGCCAGUAAGAACAGGCUGAGCACAACAGUUACGUUUGACAAGUGAAGUUGGUCAUCUCUGUAAAAGUACCCAGCAACCAUGUGAUUGCACAGCAUCCUCAACAACAGAACCUGCUGCCUCUGAAAGACACCUAUUAUUCUACCACUAAAUGUUGCAGAGUUUUGAAUUUGGGGUUCAAAAACCUUUAGCUGCACAGGGGGACGUAAGGAGCAGAAUUAGUUUCAAGUCUCCCCAGAGUAGACCACUGCUUUUUAUCUCAUCAACUGGUACUUACAGUUUCAAUAACUCUAAGAUAUUGUCUCAGCAGACUCACAGCCUGCUUCCAGCAGACUCCUCUAAACUUCAUUCUUUCACUGCACAGUAUGCUAACUGCAAGCAGAUUAAAAGAAAUAAAAAAAGACACUUACGCAAAGAAUCAUACCUCUCUUUGAAGUUAGAGGCAGGGAAGAGCUUACUCCAGGUUACUGCUGGAGUAAUUGAGUCACUCCAGUCCAGAAAUAUCCCUUCUUGACAUAUGAGGUUGCCAAAACUCCAACACUAAAGAAAAGGUAUAUUGAUGACUGUUACACAACACCAGUCCUGAUCAUCCACUUGUCUUCUAUUCCAGUGGAGAGAUAUAAGAUAGACCAGCCAGCCAACGCAGGAGAGUCUUUGAACUACAUCCAGUGUCCUCUUAAGCAUGGUCCACCAGAACCUACUCCCCUAUUAGACUGCAUGAACUUCAGUUUUUUUUUUAUUCUGCCUUUUAAAGUUUUUGUUAGUAUGCAGCCAUACAAAUAUCCAAAUUUUUAAAAUGAGCAUGGAAAUGUACUAUUUUUUGCUUUAUAUUCUGGUUGGAUUUUAGUUCUAUGGCAAUCCCUUUUGAGAAGGGACUUUUUGUUUGAGCCUCAAAGAAUGGUUUCAAAAUGCAAUUUUCAUGAUUAUGAAUCCCGUUUACCAAAACCUCCUUGGAUAAACAGUUAAUCUCUUCCUGAUGUCAAUGUCAAUUCUUCUGGUGUCAUUUUCUAGGCAUUUUCUUAUACACUGGAAAUAAAUGUAGGAUGAAAAGAACUGUUGAAUUUCUCCAAUAAUAGGCUUGUAAAAUUCAUGAAAAAUCCAGCCUAUUUGAAAUCACUGUGUUAUAUGUUAUGUUAUAUUGAGCAUUCUUCAUGCUGGUAGAAUUUUCUUUGUGAAAAAUCCCCCCUUGAUUGUCAGUAAUGUUGUUUCCUAAAGAAAGGCAUGUGACUAUACCUUCCAGGUGUUGUUGGACUGCAGUUAGCACCAACUCUUAAGUAGCCUAGUCAAUAGAGGAGAAUCAGGGAAGCUGCAGUUCUAAAAUACCUGCAGGACUCCUAUUCUGGAAAUGUUUCAUCCCUAUGGGAUUUUGUACAGUAAUAUCAUGGAUAUUUAUUUCUUAGACAUUUUCCUCUCAGUGCAGUUUUGUGUGAGUCAGAAACUAAAAAUGUUUGCUGUUAUAGAUAAAUGUGGAGAGAAUCACCUUGAUGUUCUAAAAAUAAUCAAUGAAUACUAAUUGCAUUUUCUUUAUUGGAAGAAUGUUUUAAGUACAAUAUUAUGUUUACAUCAGUCAAAUGAAAAGUCCAUGACUUACAUUUUUCACUCCAUGAAAACAUGGGUUUAAGCUGACUUAUUCUCAUUCAAGCUAAUUGAAAAGGACCUGAGAAACAGCCACCUCCUCAAAAUCUUCGAUAGAAAUCAGAUGCAGUCAAGGAUAUCUGCUUAGGCCUCUAUUCUGAAUUUUCCAUUCAUGAUGUAGAUAAAAUAAUCUUAAUCUUUGAAUGGUCUGAUUUCUCUUAUGUUUAAGAUAAGUUUUUAAGUGCCAUUGCUAAUGUAGCAUAUUUUUUGAAAAUAACGGGUUUCUUAAAAUAGUUCAAGAAUUAUAUCCUGUUGUUCAGAAUAAAAAGAGUGGUGGCAUUUAAGGAGUCCUUAACUGCAUUUAGAGUAGAGGGCAAUAUAAUAAAAAUAAUGGCCUACAAUGAUGAUGAACAUACAGCUAUCCAAAAGCAAAUAUGAGUGUCUUGCAAGUUUUUCAAUUUAUUAGAUUGGGCAUAUAUUUAUACAUUUGGGGUAUAAUUUCAGAAGCAUGCAGAUAGGUGAUUUUUAGAAAGAUCAUGGCUGCAAACAUAGACAUUCAUAUAAUUUUAACAUUAAUAUAAUUUACUUCUUAGUAGACAUCAUUAGGACUAGCCUGCCAAGUUUCCAAAUCCCUGGUCU